AUGACGAUGCUAAUCGACGGCGGAUUGCUAGGCUGGGGUCUCGUCUUGGCGUCUGCAACCCUGCUGCUUGUGGCCGUCUACCGCCUGCUGCUCAGCCCAUUGGCAGGCGUUCCCGGCCCCAAAAUUGCGGCCCUCACUGCGUGGUACGAAUUUUAUUGGGAUUGCCCCCGGCAGGGCCAUUACAUGUUCAAAAUUGAGGAGAUGCACCAAAAAUAUGGUCUUUCACCCCCGGCUACUCCACCCGUUCCCAAUGUUCCGAUGUCUGAUUAUUUUUCCUAUGGCCCCAUCGUCCGCAUCAAUCCGUGGGAGGUCCAUAUACAGGACCCGACCUACUGGGACACCCUGUACACGAACAACAAGCUAGACAAGGAUGCCUGGUAUUACCGCGCAUUUGGCGACAAUCGUGGCACAGUCGGCACCGAAUCAUGGCAGCUCCAUCGGGUACGUCGCGCCGCCAUGGCCAAAUUCUUCUCUAGUGCCAAUGUCGCCAAGCUGGAACCCAAGGUGUUGGCUCGGGUGCAGAAGCUCUGUGAUCGCGUGCAGGAGCAUCGGGAUGCCGGCCAGGUCAUUCCCAUCUCCCAUGCAUACCGGUGCUAUGCCACCGAUGUCAUCUCCGACUAUGCAGCUCCCCACACGCGGGAUUUCCUGAGCACGCCAGACUUUUCGGCCGCUUUCAAUCAGGUCCUGCGGGACUUUUCCGAGCUCAUGCUUUGGCAUCGCCACAUCCCUAUUGUCUUCCCGCUGCUGGAGGCGAUCCCGCGUUGGCUGAUCGCCAAGAUGGAUCCGACGGGGGCCCAGAUUGCCGUCCUGGACAAUCAAGCAAGUCUCAUGAAGCAAGCUCGGACAGUGGUGGAGACCAAGGGUAUCCCGCCAGAAAAGUCUUCGCCAACUGUCCUAGAUGCCAUUUACACGUCUGACGUGAUUGGACCGGAAGAGAAGACACUGCCUCGAAUGAUGGCGGAGACCCAGGCACUCCUGGGGGCCGGCACGGAAACUACGGGGAACACCCUGUCUAUGUUUACCUUUCAUGUUCUCUCGAACCCUUCCAUUCUGCGGAAGCUGAAGUCAGAGCUCCAGGAGGCAGCGGAGAAACAUUCCGUCACAGGUCUAAUGGACUGCAAGAUUCUGGACAAGCUGCCGUACCUGCAGGCUUGUAUCAAAGAAGCGCUGCGGCUGGCGACCGGGGUCGUCGGUCGUCUUCCUCGGCGGAACCCGGUGGCACCCAUGUCCUACACGACUCCUUCGGGAAAGACGUACACGUUUCCUCCAAAAACGACCAUUUCCAUGUCCAUUCGUGAUAUGCAUUUGAAUGGUGAUAUCUUUCGUAACCCGCAUGAUUUUUGGCCGGAGCGGUGGCUAGACAGCAGCGCUGAGGAGCUGAAGCAGAUGGAGAAAGCAUUUGUUCCGUUUGGCCGCGGGGUGCGAGCGUGUCUCGGGCUCGAGCUGGCCAAGGAAGAGAUCACGCUCAUGACGGGCAAUCUCUUUCACCGGUUCGAUUUCGAGUUGUUCGAAACGACGGCGCGGGAUGUGAGCGUCGCGCACGACUACUUUGCACCAUUUGGGCCGAAGGAUAGCAAGGGGGUGCGAGUGAUUGCGAAAUGA